UUGCCAGGAGGGGGGGGGGUAGACCAAGACAUCAGAGGAACUGACAAAGAGAUGCCAUGAUCAUUCAGGCCUGCCAGAAGAGGGUGAAAAGGAAUAUGACGACUUUGAUGAGAUAUCACGUGAGUGUCUCUCUGCUUUGAUAUUCCUGUCUCAUCUCUCACUUCUUUCUCUCUCGCUCCAACCCUCUUUCCCACCACCUUCUUUUGUGAAAUUCUUCCCUUCGCUUGCCAGCGUUUUCUCUUUGUGUGCACAGUCUAUUCUGUCUCUUUUCCUUAUCCUUUCUCUGUCCUUUAUUUCCUUAUUCUUUCUCUGUUCCUCCUUUCCCUCAUCCUUCGUGUAGUCAUCAUGGCUAACACUGAUCCCUUUCCCUCAGCGUACGGGGACAUUUACGAUGACGAAGAAGAAGACCUCGGUCCUACCCCUCGUUACCGUCGGGCCUGGAUGGGCGACGUCAAGGGUGCUGGUCUGCUUGCCAACAAGGAGAUCGACCCCGGUAACAUCAUCAUGAAGGAUCCCAUCGUCCACCUCACCAGGGACGAGGAAGCCUCUGCAGCCAGUUACGAGGACAUGAACCGCAUGGUGGGUGACCGGAUCCGCGAAAAGGGCGUCGACUUUGUGCGCUCCUUUUGCCAUCUGCCGCGUGAUGAGCGGCUGGAGCUUGGUCCCUUCUUCCGGAUCUGGGCAGUGUCUUCCAUUCCUGUGAUGAGCGAGACGGGUAUCUCCAAGGUCGUGGGCCUGGAGCUGGCGCACAUCAAUCAUGCAUGCCAGCCUAACGCUCAUAUCACCGUCGUCAAGGAGAAGACCGAAGACGGGACUGGCUUCCAGUACGUUGCUGUCGUGCGGGCCAUUACCGACAUCGCCGUCGGGGAAGAAAUUACAGUCUCGUACAUGUUCGUCCACCGUGGCAUCGCGGAGAGAAGACGCGAGAUCUCCGAGCGGUUCUGCUUCGAGUGCCUCUGCCGCCGUUGCACCAACCCUAACCCGCGCUUCGAGCGUUUUGCUCAUGCCUUCGAGCAGACUUGGAAAACGCUGCACGACGAAAAAGUGCUCGAGAGUAGCCCCGCGGGGGUCUUGCAGGAAGCCCAUCACCUGUAUAUGCUCUUCGCCGAGAGCGAGGUCGAAGACGUCCGUCUCGCCUGGUUCUGGUUCCGCUGCGCCGUCAUAGCAGCCAUGAACUCGGAUGCCGGCCGCGCCGCAUUCUUCUUCCUGCAGGUGAAAGCUGUCUAUCGCUCUCUCGAGGGCCCUCACAGCCACCAUGCUGCUCUUGCAGAGAAGUGGGAAAACGACAUGCAGUUGAUCCCCGACUUCGGCAGAUGGGAGCGCGGUCUGUCCGGAAAGGAAGAGGUCGAGAAGCUCGCCAAGUUGAAAAAUAACGCCAUCGAGAUGGUCUGGAUGCUCGGCCAGAGCCCAGAGCGAUACAUUCGUUUGCACCGUUUCCGCAUCCGCGACAAUCCCAAGGACGCAGAGCGCCCGGAGAUGUACAUCAAACGCAGGGAUAAGAAGAAAACAAAGAAGCAGAAGAAGGAGGCUCCAGUGGAGAGGGUGUCCGGUGUCUUCAACCCUAAUCAAGACACCGAUGAUAUCCCUGCCAUGCUUGCACUUGGCGAGCUUGAACUGCCUUAUCUGUGUGGCAUCGGAGGCUUCCCUAUCAUUAUUCCAUUCAAUAAGGUCAAGCGGUCUGAAUCCUAUGGCCCCGAGGACUCCCCUAGCAUGUUCCCAUUCAGCAAGACCAGACGCUCCAACUCUUGUGAUAUCGAUAAUUCCCCUGGCAUGCUUCCUCUCGGCAUGGUCAAACGGUCUGAUUCUUUUGGUGCUGAGGAUUCUACCGGCAUGAAUCUGCUUGGCAAGGGCAAAGAAUCCGAAUCCUAUGGUGUUGGCGAUUCUUCUGGCAUGCUUCCGCUGGGUAAAGCCAAACGGUCUGACUCUUAUGACACUGAGGAGUCUCAUAAUUUUCUCGGUAAUGCUGAAAAGUCUCAAUCUCCGGCUUUCAAGGAAUCUCCUGGCCUGCUACCUAUCGACAAGGCAGAACACUCCUCUUGUGCUGUCGAAAAAUCUCCUGCUUUGCUCCCUAUUGACAAGGGAGAACAGUCUUCUUGUGCUGCCGAAGAAUUUCCUAGUCUGCUUCCCAUCGACAAAGUUGAACGGUCUGAUUCUUGUGAUGUUGAGGAGUCUUUUGGCAUGCUUCCACUUGCAAAGGCCAAACGGUCUGACUCUUAUGGUGACGAGGAGGCUGAAAACUCUCACUAUUGUGCUAUCGAAGACUCUCCCGGUCUUCCCCCAAUCAACAAGACGGAGCAGUCUUCUUCCCCUGUUGUCGAAGAAUCUUCUGAUGUGCUUCACAUUGACAAAGCAGAACAGUCUUUCUUUUCUUGUGUCGAAGAAUCCGUUGGCAUGCUCCCAAAGGCUGAAAGGUCCCAGUCUCCUCCUGUCGAAGCCUCCCCUCUCGAAAAGGCGGAAGAAUCUCCCUCGUUUGCUGUCGAAGAGUCCCCUGAUGUGUUCACACUCGGCAAGACUGAAAGAUCUGAUUCUUGUGAUUUUGAGGAGUCUCUUGGAAUGCCCCCUCUCGGCAACGCUGAAAAGUCUCAGUCUCCUUCUGUCGAUGCGUCUCCUGACGUGCUCCCUCUCGACAAGGCGGAAGACUCUUUCUCUUGUGCUAUCGAAGAGUCCCCCGGAACUAUCACACUUGGCAAGGCUGAAAGGUCUGGUUCUUCUGGUUUUGAGGAGUCCCCCGGCAUGUUGCCACUAGGCAAGGCUGAAAAGUCUCACUCUUGUGCAGUCGGAGAGUCUCCCGACGUGCCCCCUCUGGAAAAAGCGGAAGAGUCUUCCUCUCGUGAUGUCGAAGAGUCUGCUGAAACGAUGUUCUUCGCCAAACACAAAGCAGCUUACCACCAAGCCCUUGAGGAUGCUUCCCGUAUGCGCCCUCUCGCCAAGGCAGACAGCUCUACUCUGUUUUCAGGCAUGCUUCCUCACGCUGACAUGCUCGUCCUGGGAAAACCCAAGCCGACUUUUUCUUAUAAAGAAGAAGACUUCCCCGCCCUUUCCCCUGUCAGUAAAGCCGAAGCAUCUAAUUCUCAUGCUGGUGAAGAGUCUGUCAAGGAGAAUGUCAAGCACGUCGAGAAGUCUCUUUACGGCACGGUGUUCAAGCAUACUACCAAAGAAACUGGAAAAGAAACUGCGACCGAUGAAGCCUUGACCAAGCCCGCUUCCGAGAGCAUUAAGAAAGAGACCAACGGCAGCUUCGACAAGCCCUCCAACCCCAAGUCUGUGUCUGGAAAUGUCGACAAGCCUGUCAUCAAACCUGCCGACAAGCCUGUCAUCAAACCUGUUGACAAACCCGUCAAGAAAUCUACCGACAAGGAUACCGCCAGUUCUGUUCCCAAGUCUGCGGGCGUGCAGACCAAUAAUUCCGCCUCUGAGACCAUCGGUCCCCAGGGCUAUACCCCUAGAAAUCAGAGCAGAUACGAGCCUGAAUGGCCUGAGGAUCCUUAUGAGGGCAUUGAGCGUCAUACUGGACCCAUCGGGAUUCCAUUGUCCAUGCUCGCUGAUCUGAUGCCUCCUUUCAAGAAAUAGACGGCGAUACAGUUAAUACGGCAACUUGACAACACGAAUCAAGGAGCCUUUUUUCACGAUGUCUACGAUGACACGAAGCAAUUGAAUAACGAUGAUACGUUCAAAAGGAUAUCGAACACGAAAAUAGCACUGGCUGGCUGGACAUAACGGUGAGAAGGACAGAUGGAUGGAUACGGACGGCUGGAAAGAGAGAGAACGUGGAGGUGGCGGAGGUCGAAGGGACAAGAGGCAAGGAACAAGCGGUGCUAUCUUGAACCCUGUCCAUUGGCCACUGACUAUUCCUUUUUUCUGUUUUCUUCUUAUCACGGCUGUCUAUUUUUGUCUGUCUGUUUCUAUUGCGG